AAAGAAGAAAAACUAAAAGGAGUCACGAAAAGCAUAAUAUUACUUUGCUUGUACGAAUGACAAGAAACCCAGCAAGCCACAGCCCAUCACAGUUACUAGUACUACUUUCUCUCCUAUAAAAAUACUCCUUUUCUCUCCACAUUCCCACAUUCUACUGCAUCACAAUGGAGUUGUUGCUCAUAAGUUCCAUCAAACCUCGGGUAACUAAUGUAAUUUCAGUGUUUGUAAUCUUGGCAUUACUGAGUGCUAGAGGAGCAGAGAGCAGAAAGGCAAGGGUUUUAGACUCGUUUGAGUACAAUGCUAUAAGCUGCAGGGCUCAUAGUGCAUCAAUAACAGAUUUUGGAGGAGUUGGAGAUGGAAUAACAUCCAAUACUAAAGCAUUUCAAGAUGCAAUUGCUCACCUGUGUCAGUAUGCAACAGAUGGCGGGUCUCAACUUUUUGUUCCUGCUGGAAAAUGGUUAACUGGUAGCUUCAGUCUUACCAGUCAUUUCACUCUAUUCCUUCAUAAGGAUGCUGUUCUUCUUGGUUCUCAGGACUUGAAAGAAUGGCCAUUGCUGAAACCUCUGCCGUCAUAUGGCCGCGGGAGGGAUGCUGCAGCUGGAAGGUACUCCAGUCUCAUUUUUGGUACAAACCUCACUGAUAUUAUUGUUACAGGUAAUAAUGGCACAAUUGAUGGUCAGGGUGCAUUCUGGUGGCAGCAAUUCAAGAAGGGCAAGCUUAAAUACACCAGACCUUACUUGAUUGAGAUCAUGUACUCUGAUAACAUUCAGAUUUCAAAUCUGACGCUUCUAAAUUCCCCUUCAUGGAAUGUUCAUCCUGUUUACAGCAGUAAUAUCCUUAUACAAGGCAUUACCAUCAUUGCACCGGUUACAUCCCCCAACACCGAUGGCAUCAACCCAGAUUCUUGUACAAACACAAAAAUUGAAGACUGUUACAUAAUCUCGGGAGAUGACUGUGUGGCCGUUAAAAGCGGUUGGGAUGAGUAUGGAAUUGCAUUUGGGAUGCCUACAAAGCAACUAGUCAUCAGAAGGCUCACAUGCAUUUCACCAUACAGUGCAACAAUUGCACUAGGAAGUGAAAUGUCAGGUGGGAUUCAAGAUGUUAGGGCAGAAGAUAUCACAGCCAUCCAUACAGAAUCAGGAGUUAGGAUCAAAACAGCUGUAGGAAGAGGAGGGUAUGUGAAAGAUAUAUAUGUUAAGAGAAUGACAAUGCACACUAUGAAAUGGGCCUUCUGGAUGACUGGAAACUAUGGGUCACACGCUGAUAAGAAUUAUGACCCAAAUGCAUUGCCAGUGAUUGAAGGGAUUAACUACAGAGAUAUGGUUGCAGACAAUGUGUCAAUGGCUGCAAGAUUGGAGGGGAUUUCUGGUGACCCUUUUAAGCAAAUUUGCAUCUCUAAUGUGACAAUUGGAAUGGCAGCUAAGGCUAAGAAGAUACCAUGGACAUGUACUGAUAUUGAAGGGAUCACCACUGGGGUCAGUCCUCGACCAUGUGAUUUGUUGCCAGAUCAAGGGCCGGAGAAACUUACAGCUUGCGAUUUUCCACCGGAGAAUAUACCAAUCGACUCGGUACAGUUUCAGAAGUGCACCUACAGCAUGCACUAUAUGUGAAUUUGGUUUCUAGGACGGACAAAUAUGUGUAGUAGUUUCUCCACCUUGCAGCAGCUAUACAGCUUCAAGAUUCGGCAGUCUUACGAGAAAUCGCUAUGUUUCAAUGUUUUCUUAUAAUUAAGAACAUAGAAUCAAACUUGAUAUGUACCAUAUUGUUAUAUUUGGUUUGAAAUAGUUAUAAAUUAUAAUUUCCAAUGGAA